CACGUGACUACCGACAACGAGCACAAUACCAAUAUGUCGGCCAUAUAUUUGUCUGCUGCGUAGUAUCGAAAUCGAAACAAGAAUUUAAAUGUGAUCCGUUUAAAUAUAUUGAUUGCAACAUCAACAUUGUGAAAUGGUGAAAUGCGAAAGGAAGAAAUGAAGUAAGUCCAUGUCACUACGAAUUUAAUAUGGAGAGAGGACGUCAUGAAAACUAUACAAGGAUUAUAUCCCUUCUUAUGGAAGGUGGAACAUUUAUUGCACGAGAACUUUUGAAAAGAGAGACGAAGAAAAAGGAGGGUAAUUUGAAGGAUUUUCUGAAGGACCACGCAGAACAACUGAAACGAAGGUUUACCCAGGAACAAAUGAAUGAUAUAGGAUUAGCUUUUACAGAGGACUGGAAUGUAGUUUUGCUAACAGGCGUUAUAUUAGAAUUAUUCCGCACGACCUUGACCCCAAGAGAAAAGCGGGAACUGUUGGUGAUACGGAAUGUCCGAGAAGAGUUGUUGGCACAUGUAGAGGAUGUCUCUCUAGAUGAAGAAACUUUCGAGGAUCUAAGAGACCAGCUAGAAGAAGCUUUAGAUACUUUAUCACAAGGCCUGGAUUCUGCUCUUGUUGUGAAAUGUCAGGAAAUCGUCAGCAGAUAUGUAGAUGAACCGAUUCAUAUGCCAUCCACACUUGAUCGUCUGCACGAAAUGUGUGAGGCAGAUGAUGCCUUCGAAAACGUUGCUCAGCGGUUGAAGGAGGAGACUAAAUCUAUAGUUGAUGAUAUAAUUGGUAUCGUAAGAAAGGCGGAAGAUAACGGCAGAGAAAUGAAGGAACCCAAAGUCAUUGAGUUCGUAAUCCAGCCUCAUAGCAGGAAUAAGGAGUUGUUGGAGAGCGUCGAAACAGCGCUUGAUGAUGUGUCCGAACAUUUUACAAGUACAGAAGAAGAUGGUCAAAGUGAAUUUCAUAAAGUGAAGAAAGCUCUUGAAGAAAUAUUUGAAGAAGUGAAAACGAUUUGCAAAGUUUUCGCUAAAUAUGAAAAAGGAAAAGGCGCAAUCUUUCGAAUAGAAUGUAAAAGUUAUCGUAUUCUGUUGGAUGUCAUUGGCUAUUUUGAAAGUUUACAAUGUUUAGAACGUCUUGAAGUCGUAGCAUCUGUCCUGAGGAAACAUUUUGGCACUGAAAACAGACUGUCCCUUACUUGCAAUUUCGACGAUGAGAACAUGAAAAGUCUCUUUGAAGCUAUAAAAACAGAAAACAUUGAAUACUCAAGGUCCAUACGCCUGUCUAUGCGGGUGAACGACUUACAAGGACUAGUCAACAUUUGGGACGUAUUUAAUGGUGGUGGAGCACAAAACCAAUUCAACCAAAUUGCCGAGUUAUUAUCCGAAUAUGUCGGAUCUAAAAUAUCAAUCACAGCUUCAGUUGAUGUUCCGAAAUUUAAAGAAGCUCUUGAAGAAGCUAUUAAACAGACAUCUCCAGGGAUAGAAGACCAAAAUAUAAAUCAAGAAGAUGAACAAGAAACAAACCACGGGACACAAGAAUCUGGGGACAAAGUUGAAGAUACUUCUAAUGCAGCUAAUACAGAAAGGGCGACAGUACCGAGAAGAGGAGGUGUGGAAAUUGUUGCUGUGCAACCAGGAACAAGGAAGACUACUCUAUUUGAUGAAACCAUAUCUGAAGGCGUAAGAGAUGAAAUAACGGAAAUGGGUUUUGAUACAAGAGAUAUCAGACAGUCUGGAGAUGAUAUUGAGUCGUCAAGGGUUGAAGAAAUAGAAGAAAUUGUAGCUGGUGCUAACAUAGAUAAAACUGAAGCAGAAAAGCAAUUAGAGGAACCGAAUUUAGAGGGUUAUAAAACUAAAGAAGCCAACGAAAAGCCACAAGGCUUGGUAGAAGAGAUUCCACUCUCUGAUAACGUUACUGCUAACCUAGCAAGAAAUGUUAGUCCUAUUACAGCAGAAACUGACGUAACGCAGAAUAUACCAAGCGAAAUGAUACAUGUCACUGAUUGCGCGAUAGCAGACAACUUUUACAGUAAUAUUAUGUGUAUGACGUCUAGAUUUGGUGAAUCGUCUGAUUCCGCACAAAACAGGACACAUUUGGAUUCAACCCUCUGUACCACUGUGCCUGUUUCUGAAGGAGAGCCUUCUGAACCGGCUCAGCAAGAUAAGCUGGUUUCUAGAAUGAAGUAUGAGUUUGAACAUUCUGUUCUCUUGUCAACAGUAUUAGAGAAAUUUGGUUUAAAUCAAGAGGUUUUUGAAUCCCAACAGGAAAUGAUACAAAUAUCAGAAAGUAUUAUGAACCAGAUGGCAAAGCUAUCAAAGAGACGCGUGAAUGUCAUCCAUUUUGGUAGUGAAGCUGAAGGUACAAAAGUCAAGUGUGAACACCUAGAUACCAUGGUCAUUCUUGAUGAGUAUACCGUGAUACAAAACGCGUUUUCCUUAGAGCAACCAAGUACAAUCAGGACUAUCAUUCUUGCUGAAAAUACAAGGCCUGGUUUCAUGCACUUACCAUUGACAGAUGAAAUGUUUAAAGAUAUAUCAGAUGAAAGUUCUCUAAUCUGUGCGGCUGAAUCGCUGAAUAGACGCAAGGAAUCAACAGCCAAUGUACAUUGCGGAUUUGGUGCUGCUACCGUGUUUGCAUUACGGAUGCCUUCCUGGCCUAUUGAAUUGAAAAGAUCAUUGCAACAGCGUGCCAUUGCAUGGGCAUUCGAUACCUCUGGCGAACAUUUACUGAGUAAGCCUCUGUUAAUGGUACCUCAUGAUAGUACUGAUUACCGUGAUGAGAAAAUGGAAUGGCGUGUAUCUACAGCAUAUGUGGAAAGGUUUCUUAUGAACUCAUUGAAUAUCCACCAGAAAAGAGUAUUUUUUCUUUUCCGGACAAUCAUAAGGAACUUUUUAAAUCCCCAUAUUUCAGGAUCAUUGACCUCAUAUAUGAUAAAGAAUAUUUUCUUUCACAUGGUUUCCAAUACUUGGCCGGAUCUCUGGAAUACUGCAACACUUAUCAUAUGCCUGGUCGGAUGUCUUACCAAAACUCGUCAAUUUCUUCGUGCAGACUUCUUACCACAUUUCUUUAUCCUGAAAGAAAAUCUUAUAGCUGGUGCAUUGAAUCCUGAAGAUAGAUGUCGUGCUGAUGAAAUACUUCUUCGGAUUUGUAGUAAUCCAUACGAAAGCAUUUCUAGUAUAACAGAGGGUAAUCUAUUAAAUAUAAAUGCAGAAGGUUCGGAAAAGCAAACUCAAAUACCGGCAAACAGAGGGGAAAGGAAACAAAUGCACUUGUUGAUCAAUUAUGAAAGUUGUGCACAGAUAGCUGUAUAUAAAGAUUUCCUGUUGGAAUGGAUUGUUAAGAGAAGUUCAAAUGAAACCUCUGCAGUAGAAAACCACUACAGAAUUUUGAACUUUUUGGAAACACACAUUUCAGGAAUCGAGCAUGUGACAAACAGUCUUGUAGCAAAUGUUGCCUACCAAUACAUUUCAACAAGUCUUGCUUCUCAUUUAGUAUGUCUGGCUUUGAAGACUGAAAACACGGUUGAGAGAGACUGGUAUCUAUGUGCUGCGACUAUAUACUUCCAAAGAGGAAUGCAGUCUGAUGCAUUGUCAAGUAAAAUGAAAUUCAUAACAUCUUUAAUUGCAUUGAACCACUUGACAAGUGCUAGGAAGAUGAUGUUAGAGAUCGAAAUAUCUGACAGAAUGAACUCGCAAGCGGUAUGUCCAUGCAUACUUUUGCAUUCCAGUGGCGUCGGUCAUAAUUCUCCCCGGAUGAGUAGGAAAGGGAAAAUAAUGGAACACGUUUGUACCUGUGUAACAUUCCUACACACAGAAUCUCUGAUCACGCCACUUGCGAUGAGAUACGAGAUGUAUAGGUCGGCAACUGCUUCCUUUGUAACAAAUGCAAACUCAAUGCCGCCUUACCGGAAAUGGGCUGCCGUAGACGCAAAGGUAUAUUUUGGGUUCCUCAACACAGUAUUAUAUAGUACCAUCGAAUAUAUAGGUGUUUAUCUUGGUUCUCCUGAUGUCUAUCAUAUGGAAAUUGUCUUAAAUUUCCUUGGUCUGUGGUCAGAAUACAUCGAGGACUACAGUUUAGCAGCUGCAUAUUACAAGGAGUCGUUACGUCACAUACCUGCGCAAAAUGCUGCGCAGUGGUAUAUUUGUCUGCUGCUAUUUAAACAGUGGAUAAAGAUACAUCCAGCUAGGACAACAGUAAAUUAAGAGUUAAACAGUCACAUACCUAUGUUAUAUAAUACAUAUGGGCCCAGUUCAAAGAUGUCAAUCUUAUGCAAAGUAUACUUUAUUUUUGUUGUAAAGCACAUGCUAUUUAUUUUCUUGAACCAUGUAAUUGCUUUUUAUUUCUCAGUUGAAAUAUUUUUAUAUAUCGAGAGUCGCUUUUGUUUAAGUACUUUUUUCAGUCGAAAAAGUUUAAAAGAGCAUGGGACUACUGUGAUACUAAUUUACACAUUGAAGAGUCCUUUUGUAUUUUGUAGCGAUAUUUUACGUUUUCUUUCCUCAUAAUAUAAUAUAACACAGAUUACAAUAAUGGAUUCAUACUAAAAGAGUAUUUUCCCUUGUUUGAUAUAAAAUGAGGUUAUAACGUAUAACGGCCGAAAGCAGAUUUAGAUUAUAAAAGAUAAUAAGAACAAUUUGAUGUUGUCUGUUAAAUUGUUUUUUCUAUAUAAGCAUUUCACACUUUCAUUUGCGGAUGUGUUUCGUAUGAAAAAAUGUUUCUAAAAUUGAUUACAGUGUGCAUUAAUAAGUCAUUAUGUGAAAGAGA